AUGGAGUACGACUUGACCUUCUCCGCAAGUGCCAUUAGUGGCCGGUGUGUGGUGGUCAGUGCAGGUACCCAUACGAAGGUAUUCUUUACAGGAACCCCUCAUCCCACAUGUCGCUUAGAGCGUUGCUGUAUGCCUACGUGCUCGGUGGCUUCACGUUCAUCCCCCUCGUCCUAUGCGCACUCAGUCGCCAUCACCAUCUACACGUCGGUACCCGUCCAAGAACCACCCAAGGAUGCCAAAACAGCGCAUGCUCGAGCAUCGACACUAGAGAAGUCCAACUCUGCCCAUUCUACAGAGGCAGAAGGUUCCAUUGCGGCAACUACAGGGGGGAGUGAGGACUGCCGAACUUGGACCUCUCGAGGUCAACGACCGCCCCAGGACUCGGAAAGGCUGGCUAACCGUGCGCCGGACAUUCGAAGAAUCGGAAUUCGACGGAUUUUAUAUGACGUUCGUAAAGUCUUACCUUGAUGCACGGUCCAAGGACCCGAAGCGCUCGCGGCCCAAGGACAUGUGGUACGUCGUACUCAAGGGAAAGAUUCUCUAUCUAUAUGAGGACGAGGGUAUGACGGAGUGCGAAGCCGCGAUAGAGCUAGGUGGCCAUGAGGUGCUGGUAUUCCCGGAGGGACUGGCGGACGGGGAAUUGUUUACCAGACGGAACGCGAUUUGUCUGAGGCCGAAGCCGAAGGCACUUGUUGAACAGGGUAUGCCAAGCGUCACAAGACAGAUGGCGAUGGGGAGUGGGGAUGCAGAGAGGGACGAAGAGGUGUCAGUGGCAGCGGCCGAGAGCGGAAAGGAAGGAGGGAACGGGACGAGAAAGAGACAUUCCAAAGAACGCGACGGGGCCAGUCGAGAACUUGCCAAGGAGGAAGCCUUCAACAUUACCUCGCCAUGGUUUAUCUUCGUCCGAUCGUGCGUGGAGAUGGAAGAUUGGUAUCUGGCACUCGUGCAUGCCUCUGACCACCCAGCCGGUACGCCAUUGCUAAGUCCACUCCAAGCAGUAUUUUCGCCAUUCGAGAUGAACCACCUCGUUGCAACACUCGAUCAACAGCCGGACGUUAUACCGAUGCGCUGGCUGAAUGCACUCCUCGGACGUAUAUUCUUUAGUUUCUACAGGACCCAGAUGCUCGAGUCUUGCAUCAUCCACCGGCUCAUGAAGAAGCUUUCCAAGGUUAAGCGGCCCGCAUUCCUCACUGAAAUUGCAGUCACACGGUUCUCGAUCGGAGACAAGGUUCCGACGCUGAGCAAGCCUAUGCUCAAGGAGCUCACGAAGGAGGGCGACGCGUCGCUCGAAAUAGGCCUCUUUUACAAGGGCGAGAUCCGUGCCACUGUUGAGGCAACCGCCGUGAUCAACCUUGGAGCACGGUUCAAAUCUUACACCGUCAAGCUAGUACUAGCGGUGGUACUGCGCGAGCUCGAGGGGAACCUUCUUGUCAAGGUGAAGCGACCUCCAAGCAGCCGGAUGUGGUAUGCGUUCACGAAACCGCCACGAAUGGUGCUCAACGUGGAGCCCAUCGUGAGUGACCGUCAGAUCACCUGGAGUAUGAUUCUCAAUACCAUCGAGUCCAAACUCCAAGAAAUCAUCGCCGACUCGGUGGUGCUGCCAAACAUGGACGAUAUCAGUUUCUGGGACAGCACAUCCUACGAACACCGGGGUGGCUUAUGGUCAGACGCUGCGCGGACAGAAAAGCCGGUGACCCCUCUGGCAGAAGAAGUAAAAACAGACAUUCCUACAACCUCCGCUGUUUCCGAGGAAAAGGAAUCCCUGAUGACCCAGCUUACGCAGCCCAUUGAUGCACUUGCUUCUGAAACACUUCUUCCGGAUCGCGCCCCAGGUAUACGGUCUGCACCCGCCUCUUGUUCUUUGGACAGCGAUAACAACCCCAAAUCAUCCGCGCGACGGUCCUGGUUCGGUGCGGGAGAGAUGAUCGAUAACGGCGAUGCAAAUGACAGCCAAGAUACUGGCAUCCCACGCGGCAGAAGAAGCAGGGCCCAGGGUGCGGCAGUGGGCAGUACAGUGCCUGCUUCUGGAAUUACCGCUGCACCCGUGUCAAACGUUUUGGAUACUGAAGAGGACGUGCCUAGGUACCUAACCCCGGAAUUUCCACUGCGAUCGUCGUCUGCACAUUCUCAAGCACGCUCAUCUCGCACUCACUCUGUGUCAUCCUCCGUCGGUGAUGAUACAAACGUGCUUUCAGACUCGAGUGUCGCGUCUGCGUCUCAAAGUCCUCGACAUUCGUUUGGUGCAGUUUCUACGACAAGCUCGUUUUUGUCGACCCUCAAGUCAAAGGCUGCAGACAAACAGGCACUGAGUAAUACUGCUAGGGACACAAUACGAAAGUGGGGAGCUAACUGGGCAACGUUGAGGAGAGAUAUCAGCAAGAGUGGGACCCAGGACGAGGUCCCUGAUGCUGGUCCCGCUGACCAGCGUAGCGGGACCGAUAAUACUCACAGCAGGCCGAGUUAUGCAGAGGUGCGGGCAGCAGUUGCAGCACGGAGGGAGCAACACGGGCAAGCUAAUGGGGAAUACAAGGCUUCGUCACCGAUCCCCAUUCCUCAGACAGGAUCACCACGCACAGUGGACAAUGUCAGCUCACGUUCUGCGGAUUCGUCACUAACGAAGACAUCUGACGGGGCAUCUACGUCGAACAAGGCUACUGGAAUAACCCUGUCCCGUUCGGUGGGAGAUAAGAAUGCUGAACCUUUCUACGACCACGACUUCAGAGAUGAUCACCCCGGACCGUCGCCCAUACAUACACAGCCAUCUCAGGCACGCACAAUGACCAUUCCCGGCAUUCAUGCUAGCCAUCGUGGAGAGAUCAUGUCACUGGGGAACGUUGCGCCUGUAUCCCAUCCUACGGAGAAUAAGCCCAAGGCAACGACGAUUCAGAGUAUGUAUCGUCUAUGGAAGAGUCCUACGCUUUCUGGUCAACAGGAUGGAUCGGAAUCUCAGACAGAUACGCGUUCCGAAGGUGCGGAUUGUAAUCAAGAUGUUACGCCUCUUGCACUGUCACCAGACUCAACCCCAACACCACCAUCAAAGCCUGUGCCACCCCCAUUACCACCGAGGACGGUGUGUUCCGCGAAACUAGCGCCACAAGUGGCAGGGGCGCAGGAUCUGAUUGAACGGCCCUCAUUACCAUCUACGCAAUUUUCGGCGAGCGACGGGGCGUCGGAUCGCGAGUUGCCAGUUUCAUCGAGUUCGCCCGAACACGUAACCGAGGUCACAGAGCCAGCACGGGUACGGGGUCCAGAUUCGAAGCCACCACUGCCGCCGAGGAGGAUUCAUACGCCAGCUUUGUGAUCUUGUGCUGUCAUUUUUUUUUUCCUGUCGAUGUCAUAUACACGGUAAUAGUUUAGUCAUUAUUCUAUCGUAUUUGCUGUCCCUGAG